CCCACCCCCUUGCACCCAUAGGACCUCCCUUAUUACCUGGCCACUCCACUCCACUCCACUCCGCCAGAGUCCAGCUCCGGGGUUUCCAACAGAGAGGCGCAGGAGCUGAGGGCUCCCUUACCACGGAGCUCCGCAACAAGUGCUCGGAGGGGAAACAGAACUGCGAACAUCUCAAACCGGACAAACACGGCAGGCGGGCAGCCCGUGUGGAUGAGCGCUCAGAGAUGCAAGCCGCGCUGUUAAUACUCCUCUGCGGCCUGGCUGCCACAGUUGGCAAGGAACCAGACCAAGCCCACGGCUGUGCCCAUGGCAGCUGUUAUCCAGCAACUGGGGACUUGUUGGUUGGAAGGGAAAAAAACUUGAAGGCCUCGUCCACUUGUGGCAUGAGAAAAAAAGAGCGAUAUUGCAUUGUCAGUCACCUGCAGGAUGAGAAGAAAUGUUUUGAGUGUGACUCCAGACGACCAUACGACCCAGUGUACAACACCAUUAAUCACCGGAUAGAGAAUGUUAUCACCACCUUCAAACCACAUCGGAAAAAGUCCUGGUGGCAGUCAGAGAACGGAAAGUCAAAUGUUUUUAUUGAGUUGGAUCUUGAGGCAGAGUUUCAUUUUACUCAUCUAAUUAUGACAUUUAAGACUUUUCGCCCUGCUGCCAUGCUUAUUGAGCGAUCAGCAGAUUUUGGUCGAACCUGGCAGAUCUAUCGCUACUUUGCUCAUGACUGUGAUGUUUCCUUCCCUGGAGUCUCUACAGGUCCUCUACAAAAUAUCAACGAUGUGAUCUGUGAGUCACGUUACUCUGACCUGGAGCCAUCGACAGAGGGCGAGGUCAUCUACAGAGUCUUGGAUCCAGCUAUCAAGAUUGAGGACCCAUACAGCCCCAACAUUCAGAGUAGGUCCUACUUCCUGCUUAUAUUAUGGGAUAAAGUAAAAUAGCUGUGUUUGAGAAUG